AUGGCCGUGUCCAACCCUGCUUGUUCCCUCGACUCCGCUACCAACCACCAAUCUCCAACAGGGCCCUUAACCUGUAUCACUAGACACCUCAUAGUGAACUACAGUGUAAAAGAAGAGGAGGAAGAGAUAGAGGAGGAUUCCGUUUUUGGAGUGAAAGAGGAGGGGGAGAUUACUGUCACAUUGGAGGAAGAAGAGGAGGUUGGAGAUGUGUUUAACACCAGAGAGAUACGUGACUAUCGUGGAUCCUCUGGGGAGCCUCAACAACAUCAUGAUGCUGAUGAGGCAGAGAGUCUCUCCAGAUCAGAACUCCUCAAGAAACACCUGCCGAGAUUUAUAGGGAAGAAAUCUCACUGCUGCUCUGACUGUGGGAAAAGAUUCAACUCUUCAUCAGACCUUAAAAUUCAUCAAAGAAUUCACACAGGAGAGAAACCUUAUAGCUGUGAUCACUGUGGGAAGAGUUUUUCUACAUCUAGCUAUCUAACUAUACACCAGAGAAUACACACAGGAGAGAAACCAUAUAGCUGUAAUCAAUGUGGGAAGAGUUUCAUUCGGCUACAAACCCUGAAAUCACACCAUAGAAUACAUACUGGAGAGAAACCUUUUGGCUGUGAUCACUGUGAGAAGAGUUUUUCUACAUCUAGCUAUCAAAUUAUACACCAGAGAACACACACAGGAGAGAAACCAUAUAGCUGUAGUCAAUGUGGGAAGUGUUUUACUCACAUCAAAAGCCUGAUAGUACACCAGCGGACACACACAGGAGAGAAACCUUAUAGCUGUGAUCAAUGUGGAAAGAGUUUUUCUACAUCUAGCUAUGUAACUAUACACCAGAGAACACAUACAGGAGAGAAACCAUAUAGGUGUAAUCAAUGUGGGAAGAGUUUUACUCAGCUAAACAGCCUGAUAGUACACCAGCGGAUACACACAGGAGAGAAACGUUAUAGCUGUGAUCAAUGUGGGAAGAGUUUUACUACAUCUAGCUGUCUGAAUGCACACCAGAGAACACACACAGGAGAGAAAUCUCUAAGCUGUAAUCAAUGUGGGAAGAGAUACUCUGAUAAAAGAUCUCUGAUUAAACAUCAGAAAAUACAUGAAGGAGUUGUUUUAUGAUUUCAAUGAAAUAAUGUCUCAAUGUAGAAUGUUUUAACAUUGUAGUAGGAGUAUUUGAAAGAAUGUCAGAAUGUAGAACCCUAAACGUUUGCCCUCUGUUCAAUUGAUUUUAGUCUCGGGGAAAAUCCAGGCUCUGAAUUGAAAGAGUACUAUUUUUCUACAAAAAGUGACAAACAAAAGACUUGUUAAACUUAUCGCUAAAUCUUAAUCUAAAGCUUAUCGUUAAAAGAUAUCUCCAAUUUCCAUGUGUUUUGUUUAGUUGUGUUACAACAGCACGUACAACCUGAUUUCCCCCUUAAUUGAUAUCAGUGAUUUAUUGCUACUUGUCAAAACAACAGCGUUUCUGGUGUUUGUGCAGUUUAUAAGGUGCUUGUUUAAAAA